AAAAUUUGUCGAAAAAAAAAAUUGUCACUCUUAAUGAAGGAGUGGAAGAAGCCGCUACUACAUGUAGACCUGGCAAUUUGCAUUUCUUUGGUCAGGGAAAUUUUAUUUUUAUCAAGGAAAAGUCGGAAUUUGGCGACCAUGUUUAUGGCCUCGGCUGCAGCUCUUGAUUCCCGAACAUGCAAAGCCAGGUCAGUACCCAUUGCGGACCUACACCUGUUCAAUCACGUCUUUGUUAGCGGAAAUUUAACCCUGUAAUGUAUACCAGCGGUAUGUAUAGCCUGUGUCCCAGCCGCCUCUCCCCGGGCUACGGUAUGUACUGUCUGCGAAGCAGGCUUCAAGUAGUCGUUAUAAGACUUUCAAAACUGUUGCGAAAAGCCGGCAAAUCACGCAAUAAGUUUAGAAGAAUGCGAAACUUGUGUCACAGAGCUGGCCACAAAUCGCGGAAUAACUAAGCUAAAUCGCGCGUAUUUAGCCCCCCUACAGUUCACGCCGCAAUCCUUGUCAGGUAUUUCGCCGGUUGCGUGCACAAGAUGACUGACAAAACUGUGUGAUUACUGAUCGGAAGUAUCUAGUGUUCAUAGACCAUGAUGGCGUCAAUUUUGAUAAGAAAGAAAUUUUUCAUUCGCCUUCUCGGUGUCCUAGCUGUUGCAUCUUCUCUGUCGUUAUUUACGUGGACUUUGACACAUGAACGGAUCCACACGGACGAGGAGAGAUCGCGCAAAUCAGAACGGUUGAGGCAAGAUAGCAGUUUUGUCGUGACUCGGGCCACCGAAAAUCGAGCUAUCAUCUCGCAUACUGCUCUGCGAGGGAACGUUCUCGCGAAAGCAACAGCAAGAUCGUCUCCCAGUCAAACUGCUCGGCAAGAGAACGUGAAACUGUCGAGAUCGUCUCUCAUCCAAACUGCGCGGCUGGCGGACAUGAAAACGUCAGUACGAAGACUUAUCAUCGUAGGGCAAGCUCGCACGGGAUCAUCGUUUCUUGGGGAUGCUUUCAAUCAACAUCCAGAUGUGUUUUACUUGUUUGAGCCUCUGUAUGGCAUCGCUCCACCAAAGCAACCUAACGACCCAAGACCGAUGAAAUUCCUUGAAGGAAUGCUGCGCUGUAAAUUCGAAUUUCCACAAUAUAUUCAAGAAAUUGAGAAGUUCAGGAGACUCUCCAGCAAAGCGCUUUCGUCUCCGCCAUUAUGCGCCGCGAAAAACCAGAAUCAAAGCAAGAAGAAAUUGCAAUGCGUGCACUUAAAUCCCUACAAUAUGAAAUCUGUCUGCAAAAACUACAGUAAAACAGUCUUGAAAAUUCUCACUGCGAGAAUCCCCAGCUUUCGGGUCGACUCGCUGUUCCCGCUGUGUAAUUCGAGUGAUUGCGGGAUUAUUUAUCUGGUUCGGGAUCCUCGCUCGCUAGUCUUUUCUCAUAUGAAAGUUGGUUUUGUUUGGGCUUCCCGCAAAACAAACACUCCUUCGCCUCAACCGGUCAUCAGACAAUACAGCAAAACUAUUUGCCAACAAGUGGAGGAAAAUGUGAGGAUAUUUGAAAACCGACCGAGCUGGAUGAAGCCCCGAUCAUAUAUGCUUCGAUACGAGGACCUUGCUAGAAAUCCCGUAGAAAUCCUACGAAGAGUUUAUAAAAUCACAGGACUUGAUAUGCAACAGAGUUCUCUCGACUGGAUAAAAGCUCACACUGGCGAGGGCGCAAUCAACGAGAAGGAAGAAAAAAAUCACUUCUCAACGAACAGAAACUCAAAAGUUGUUGUCGACAAAUGGAGGGUUGACAUGGACCCGUGUAUUGUAAAUAUUAUAGAAGAAAGCUGUCAAUCUCUUAUGAGACUCCUCGGUUAUAGACCGGUGAAUGGGUCAGAUACAACACAAUAUGACCUCGCCGUAUCACUUUCAGACGGAUAACAGCUUAUUUUAAAUACCCUGUUGUUUGCAAAUCUGUCUCCACGGAACUAUAAAUAUUCCCCCUCACCAUUGAAAUCCAUGACGAAAAAAACCCUGAUAUGAUAAUACACCCCGUCUGUCCAAAAAUGAACUUAUUUGGAACGACAUUAGAGCUUGCUUGUCUCAUACAGUAAUGACAUUUCUAAAAACAAAGACAUCAGGGAUCAUUAUCAGAAUUUUAACUGUGUAUUCAAAAUGAUAUUGUUACUUUUAGAAAUAUAUUCAAAGUUUAACAACGUUGUAAAAAUUCUUUUA